GUAUACUUACGGACGCCUUACCAAGCUCUGACAACAGUGACAACACUCCGUAUUAUUUCUGAAUUCCUUAGGAAAUCGCAAGAAAUGGCGGACCCCAAAUACGCUGAUUUACCUGGAAUUGCGUACGACCAGCUUGACGUUUACGAGACAAGUGAUUUGCCAGAAUCGGAGCAAAUGCAAAUAUACUGCGAGGAUGAACCUGAUAGCUCUUGCGUGGAACAGCUACACAUCAGUGCCAAAGAGGCAUUCAACAAGUUCAAGGGCAAACAGAUUGUCGGAAAGCCGGUUGAUUUCUCAGAUCGUCUAUCUAACAAGCCAAGAACAGGAUACAAAUUCGGCGAUUGGGAACUCGCUGGUGAGGGUGAGAAAGAGACUCCUCUCCAAAAGUUCCAACGACUACAAUGUGAAAUUAAGGAAUUGUAUGAAGAGUUGAAUGAAUUAAAGGAAAAAUCCAAGGAUGAGGAAGAGAUCAAAUCUGUGAGCGAAAUCAUUGCUCAAGCACAACAGAUAGAAAAACAAUUGGUUUCUCUGAAAUUGGAAGAGUGUUUAGGACCUGAUGUAAUUGCAAGUCUAUCAGAUCCACAAGGCACUAUACUUAAGCAAUUGAUAUCGCAGAUAGAAUUGUUUAAGCAAACCAGUAUGCCUUCCACCAAAACGUCGGAGAGUACAAAGACAGACGAGUUGGUUGAGCCUGGUACUCUUAAGUAUCAGAUGAUGUAUUUGCCAGAAAAAGCAAGAAUGCAGGAAGCUGCUAGGAUCGCACAGCUCGAGCAAAGACUUUGCUGUCUAGAAAAUAUCAUAGGAACAAGUAACGACAAGCUUUCGAAAUUUUCGCAGAAUCUUAAAUGUCAGGGCGUCAUGGAAGCUGUGCAACAAUUAGAAGCGAAGGCUUCGUUGUUAGAUGUUAAUCAAUUGGACACCAUCGAAACGAGAUUAGGCACAUUGAUUUACCGGAUGGACAGUAUUGCGCAGAAAAGGGCAACAACGGAACAAGAAUCGGAGCAAGAGCAAAAGAUCUCGGAAAUGUAUGAAAUAAUGAAGAAAACGGAUGCUAUAUCACAAAUAUUACCACAAACAGUAGAAAGAUUAUUGGCAUUGAGUGAUAUUCAUCAACAAGCUGCUGUUUUCAGUAAAUCUUUAAUAAAAUUAGAGGAGCUGCAAGUAGAAAUCUCGUCGGGAUUAGAAAGUAACAAGUCUCUACUGAAGGGAGUUCAGGAAAGUUUUGCUUCUAAUAUGGAGGUCAUAAAAAGCAACUUAGCGUUGCUCGAUGAACGUGUCAAAAAACUGAACAAAAUAAAGUAGAGAUCUAGUCAUAAAGCACAGCUAGAUCAAUUUAUAAAAUUCGCUUUAUAUAC